CCGGCUCCCGCCCACAGAGGCCCGCAGGCCUAGCCACACAGCCCGAGCCCACAUUUGUCCUCUUCCCAGCCGCCGUAGUGAGCCCUCAUAUAAAGCCGAGCGACGCGCCUAAGAGUGAUGACAUCAGAGUGCGCCGCCAGUGCCGCCGCCAUGAACAGCGUAGGGGAGGGAUGCACCGACAUGAAGCGUGAGUAUGACCAGUGCUUCAAUCGCUGGUUCGCCGAGAAGUUCCUCAAGGGGGACAGCUCUGGGGAUCCCUGCACUGACCUCUUCAAGCGCUACCAGCAGUGCGUUCAGAAAGCAAUAAAGGAGAAGGAGAUUCCCAUUGAAGGACUGGAGUUCAUGGGCCAUGGCAAAGAAAAACCUGAAAGUUCUUCUUGACCUUGACAGUCACCUUGAAAAUGGACUCGUCAAAUCAGGAAAUUGAACACUCUGGAUUUUGUCAAUUAAGGUUGUGAAGAUAGCCAUCGAUUUAAUGAGGAGUUUAGGGGAGAGCUGUAUUAUUUUCUCCUCCACUUGUAAAAGAUGAUGAACAUCACUCUUUAGGAUGAUUUCUCACUUGCUCUGGCAUCUUGCAGGAACUUAAUGUGCUAAAACUGAAUUUCUUGGGAUUAUGGUUGCAAGACUUCGUCUGGGAUCAGCUUUAAAUAUAACUUGUGUGUAAAUACUGAUAAACCUGUCAGGAUGAUCAGGGUUGCCUGACCUCUUGAGUUAUGCUGCAAAGGACAUUAGGUACACUGUACUAGGGUCAUUGUUCAUGGAAGCAAUUGGUUAGGACCUCUUUUCUCUCAGAGAGCUAAUAAUGCUCUGAAAAGGGAUCCCAGAAAAACGGUUUCAAUCAACGCUUGGGAGGAUAUUUUUAUUUUUAAAUAGUAACUUCAGUGUUAAGAUUGCUGGUGGACUGGGUUAGCUAACAGGAAGCCUUUAACAGACAGUUCCUUGCCUUAACAAGAGGUGUCAGAUCUCAGAUUAAGACGUGAAAGCUUCAAGAACGUUAAGAGUGAACACUAUUUCAGAGCUUACAGUGUAUUUCAGUAAUUAAGAUCCUUGGAGUACGCUAUGGAAGAAGAUCCUAAAUUGCAAAGAUUUGCUGUUGCUUGCUUUCAACCCGAGUCGAUGAAUUAAGUCAACCUAUAUAUCAUCAAAAUGCUGUAUCUGGUUAAAUGGGGGGAGCAAAAGAGCUUGCUUUAUUUGCCUUGUUUACCCACCCUGUCCUGUAAUGUCUGUAAUCAUGAAGAUAGAAUAAAUUGUAUCAUUUAGUUUCUAGAA